AAAACGUUUGUGAGUUGUAUCUCGUAAUUACUGAAUUUGCUUCUUCGGUAGCUCGUUCGUCUUGGUUGAUUGCAAACACAGACAAGGAAGACAGCCCAGCGACAUCGUGAUAUACACACACAUAUACAUACAACAUAUAGCUCAGCAUACACUCUUCUUCUCCGUAAGACUUCUCCGAUCUGUACUUUCCCUUUGAUUUUCAACACUCUCUUCGCCAUUACAUACACAUAUAGAUACACAAUUCUGCAGAUUCAUUUCCACAGCUUUGUCAACUUCUAGGGUUUGUGAUUGUUCGAUUUCUAGGGUCUGAUUGCUGUUAUGAACUUGCUUUGAAGUGUCUAGGGUUUGAAUUGAAGUUUCAAUUUCUGAGAAUUUUAGGUUAGGUUUUGUGAUGAUUUGAUCUGGAAUGGCGAGGCUAUUGGGAUUGACUCGCGGCGAAUACGAGUCGCCGCGAGAGGUUACGAGAACAAUCCCAACUAGUGAUACUAGUACUGAGAAUGGCUGGUUGAUUAGGUUUUUUGAUUCUGCGUUUUUUUGUGAGUGGAUUGCGGUUAGUUAUUUGUAUAAACAUGAUCAUCCCGGUGUGCGGGAUUAUUUGUGCAAUAGGAUGUAUACGUUGCCGUUGUCUGGUAUUGAGAGUUACUUGUUUCAAGUGUGUUAUAUGUUAGUUCAUAAACCGAGUCCGUCGUUGGAUAAGUUUGUUAUUGAUAUUUGUUCAAAGUCGCUGCAAAUUGCGUUGAAAGUGCACUGGUUUUUGAUGGCGGAGUUGGAGGAUUCGGAUGAUAAUGAAGGGAUUAGUAGGAUUCAGGAGAAGUGUCAGAUUGCGGCUACUUUGAUGGGGGAGUGGCCUACUUUGAUUAGGCCGCAGAAUGUGUCUUCGAAUCCACUAGGUAAGAAUCAAGUUCUUAAUAGGCUGUUAUCAUCGAAGCAGAAGCUUUUGUCACUGACUUCGUCACCCCCUACUCAGCGUUCAGCAUCGUUAACAGUCCCGUCAGGCAACUCUUUGCAGGAGGAUGGUAGUAAAAUAUCAUCUGACGAGAGUAAGAUUUUUAAGAAAUUUAUGCCGGGUCAAAAAGUAAGAGAUGCAUUACUUUUUAGAAAAUCAGUGGAGAAAGAUGACGGGGAGACGGACAAGGAUGGGUUUUUCAAGAGGCUCUUAAGAGACAGCAAAGACGAGGAUGUUAGGAAGUCGACUGAUAAAGAUGAGGAGGAGACCGAGAAGGAUGGUUUUUUCAGAAGGUUUUUAAGAGACAGUAAGGACGAAGACGAGGAGCUCACAUCGAGCUCAGAGGGUUUCUUUAAAAGGUUGUUUCGUGACAAAGCUGAUUUAGAGGUGGUUACCAAAUCUGUAGAAGAUGAUGACAAGGAAGGUUUUUUUAGGAAGUUUUUCAAGGAUAAAUUUGAGGACAAGAAGGAUGGCAUUGACCAAAAGGACAUUGAUUUGAUAAAAUCUGUUGAAGAUGAUGAAAAAGAAGGGUUCUUCCGGAAACUUUUUAAAGAUAAAUUUGAUGACAAAAAAGAUAAUUUAGACAGAACUGAUGAGGAGACCAAGGGGCCAACCAAUGAAGACGAAGAAGAACAUUCUGAAGUUCCAUUAUUCCGUAGAUUUUUCAGCCUGAACCAUGGAGAUAAGAAGACUCCUGGAACUGAUGAACACAGUAAUGGUUUGCAUGAAGGCGGUGCAGGUAGUCCGGGGACGGAGAAAUUUUUCCGCAAGUUGUUUAGGGAUCGUGAUCGUUCUGUGGAGGACUCUGAAAUUUUUGGUUUAAAGAAGCAAAAGGAGAAACAUCCUGGUUCGCCUAAGCAGCACAAUGAUAAAUCAAAUGUCAAGCCCCCUCUUCCAUAUAAUGCUUCACAGUUUAGGAAAGGGACGUAUCAUGAGUCACUGGACUUUGUGCAAUCGCUCUGUGAUACAUCGUAUGGUUUAGUAGAUGUAUUUCCUGUUGAAGAUCGCAAAAGUGCUCUUUCUGAGUCACUUACUGAGAUCAAUGCGCAUAUAACUGCUGCUCAAAGUAGUGGAGGUGUGUGCUUCCCUAUGGGAAAGGGUAUGUACCGUGUUGUUCAUAUACCUGAAGAUGAAGCUGUUCUUUUAAAUUCCAGAGAGAAGGCACCAUACCUGAUUUGCGUAGAAGUUCUGAAAAGUGAGACAGUGAGCAACACAAAGGAUGUAAAUAAUAGUCAAAAACUUUUUAAAGGAGGAAUCCCUGUAGCAAACGGAGAUGCAUUUUUGCCGAAGCCUCCUCCAUGGGCUUAUCCAUUGGCAGGACAGGACCGUUAUGGUGGUUAUGAUAGGAUGUCAAGAUCUGCUUCAGAUGCUAUUGAUCAGGCUAUGGCUCAAUUAUGGGAUGCAAAAGCUAAAGUUGUUCAUCUUGCUCUUUCAGUGGAGAAGCAACAGCUCAGCCAGUCGACAGAAACCGCAGAUCAUGAUUCUAAUUGUGUCAUUCAUCCUUGUGAUCAAUUUGAUUCAGACAAAGAAGGUACAAACUGUGCAGCCAGAGGUGGUAGUCGUGACUUGGAAAGAGUAAGGGUAGUUCUGACAGCAGAUCCUGGGGUUAGCAUGGAUGACACGGAGGAUCAAGAGCCACCACAUCGGAAGGAACACCGACGUGUUCCAAGUACAAUAGCUUUUGAGGAAGUUAAGGCUGCUGCUUUGAAAGGAGAAGCUCCUCUUGGACUUCCUAUAAAAGGCGCUGGUCAAGAUUCAUCUGACUCCCGAUCACAUGUUAGUAAUGGUGAUACGCCAAAAGCAAGCGAUGCUUUAUCUGGUGAGCUAUGGGAAGUAAAGAAACUGAGAAUUCGUAAUGCAUCAGUACAUGGAAAAUUACCUGGCUGGGACUUGCGCUCUUUAAUUGUCAAGAGUGGUGAUGAUUGUAGACAAGAGCAUCUUGCAGUGCAACUAAUCUCUCACUUUUAUGAUAUAUUUCAAGAAGCUGGUCUGCCACUUUGGUUGCGCCCGUAUGAAGUGCUAGUUACUUCUUCGUACACUGCACUCAUUGAAACAAUUCCAGACACGGCAUCACUUCAUUCUCUCAAAAGUAGAUACCCCAACAUUUCCAGUUUAAGACAGUUCUUUGUCGAUAAGUAUCAGGAGAAUUCUCCGAACUUUAAGCUUGCCCAGAGAAAUUUUGUGGAAAGCAUGGCUGGUUAUUCUCUUGUUUGCUACCUGUUGCAGGUCAAGGACAGGCAUAAUGGAAACCUUUUGUUGGAUGAAGAAGGCCAUAUUAUACACAUCGACUUCGGGUUUAUGUUGUCCAAUUCUCCUGGAGGUGUUAAUUUUGAGAGUGCACCAUUUAAGUUAACCCGUGAACUUCUUGAGGUCAUGGAUUCUGAUGCCGAGGGAGUUCCAAGUGAAUUUUUUGAUUAUUUCAAGGUUUUAUGUAUUCAAGGCUUUUUAACUUGUCGGAAGCAUGCUGAACGCGUAAUUCUUCUUGUUGAGAUGUUGCAGGAUUCUGGUUUCCCGUGUUUUAAAGGUGGACCUCGGGCAAUACAGAAUUUAAGGAAAAGAUUUCAUCUAAGUUUAACCGAAGAGCAAUGUGUGUCGUUGGUGCUUUCUCUCAUCAGCAGCAGCUUAGAUGCUUGGCGGACACGUCAAUAUGAUUACUAUCAGAGGGUGUUGAAUGGAAUUUUAUGAUGUAGAUCUCACUGCUAUGUUCUCAAUUCUCAUGAUGAGCAGUCAGUAAGAUGAAGCACUGUGAAGAACCAACUACGUCUGUGAAUCGUAUUGUGAUGGGGAGCAGUUGAUUCAUUUAGUGAUGGGCUAUAGAGGUUUUGUUUGGACAUCUGAUAGCAGUUUGUGCCCUGCAAUGGAUCAAUGUCAGAGCUCUAUUAUGGCUAUAUCCAUCAGCAUGAGUAAUUUUCUUUUGCACCAAUUUUUGAAUUAUCAUUUUGUUUCAAGGAAUAUGGACUGCGCUGUCUAGAAGAAAAUAUAUCAAUUAUGAAGCUGCAACGAUAUUAUUCUUCGUAUUCAUGUUGGCCAGCCGGGACAUAGUGUACAGGAUUAUGGAAAUCAGCAAAUUCUCUAGAAAUGAGAUUGUUAUCAGGACCAUACUCUCAAAGUUUUUACGCAUUUGCGCAAAGAAUCGGAUUCCGCGCAAUAGUCAGCUUGUACAAUCCACUUCGUUCUAUUUUCUGUGUCGAGGUCAUUAACAUAUUAGUAGCCAUUGGAAAAGGCAAGCAGAUUCUUGUUGAUAACACCACCGAAGAUAUGCCAUUUAAGCUUUCUUCCAGAUUCUGCAGUCGUCGGCAGAGACGCAAAUUUGCAACAUAGGACGAUUUCUGUGUAAUAUCUUGUUCAUUAAGUUGGUUUUAAGGGUCUUUCUUUUUUCUUCCCCAUUUGAUGAGUGCAUACUUGUUUCAUAUUACAAUCUUUUGCAACUUGAUAUGGAAAGUUAAGUGAGUUUGGUGUCCUACAGUGUAGAGCCUUUUUAGCAUUGUCCACAGAUUUCAGGCGCAGAAUGUACAUUACUGUAAUCUUUUACUUGAAACCAAUUUUGAUACAGGGUUUAAACUAUUGCACGUUUCUCGCA